GUCCCCAGUAGAACUACAGCAAGAAACUUCUGAUUGAGGCUCUAAGAAGCAGCAGGAAUGAGAAAACUCUUCAGCCAAUAAGAGUAAGCCACGCCCAGCCGAGGGACGUAUAAAAGGCAGGUCUCACAGACUAACCCACACUCUGCCUUUGGACGUGAGAGAGAGCGCACCUUUCACUUGAGCUUCAACAUGGGAAAGGGAAAUGAAGACCCCGAUCUCCACUGCUCCUCCAUCCAGUGCUCCACUGACCAGCCCCCUUUCCAACAGAUCUCCUUUUCAGAAAAGGGCUCAGAUGAGAAGAAACCAUUCAAAGAAAAAGGCAAGACCGCCUUCUCCCAUUCCAGUGAGAAGCACAUACAAAGGCAAGCAGGAUCGGAGCCCAAUCCAAACAAGGAGAAUUCUAAGGAAACCAAGCUCAAGGCCGGGAACAGCACUGCUGGAUCAGAACCAGAGUCCAGCUCAUAUCGGGAAAACUGCAGGAAAAGAAAAAUCAGUUCCAAGGACAGCUGCCAAGACACAGCAGGGAACUGUCCAGAAAAGGAGUGCAGCUUGUCGUUGAAUAAAAAAUCAAGAUCCUCCACUGCUGUGCACAACAGUGAAAUCCAGGAGACCUGUGAUGCCCACCAUAGGGGACGUUCCAGAGCUUGCACUGGGCGCAGCAAGCAACAUAGGUCUCGGGCCCUGGGAGUCCAAACACCGUCAAUUCGAAAAAGCUUGGUGACCUCUGUGCGAGCUAUGUCAGAGGCUGUUUAUCAAGACCUAACCCAGGUGUGGGCACAGCAGAUCCAUUCUCCACUGACCUGUGAGCAGCUGACACUGCUCACUCGGCUCCGGGGGCCUCUGUGUGCCCAGGUGCAGACCUUGUAUUCCAUGGCCACCCAGGCAGCUUAUGUCUUCCCUGCUGAGAGCUGGCUUGUCCCAGCCACAUUGCCUGGUCCUAGGGAUUCAGCCCUGGAUAGAGAAGCCCAUCCUUUCCCUGGGCAGGAGAUAACUGAGACUGUCAGUGGAUCAGAUGAGGCUAAGCUGUGAGCACCCCGACCCUAUUCAGCAGAGAUGCAGCUCUGGGAAUGAGAACAAGGAUCUGCGUCUUCUCAGAUUCUUCCAGAUGACCAGCAGUGACAAUUUUAGACACACUGUGUUAAUAAAUGACAGAACCUGAAGAAGUCAUAGGAAAGAAACUUGAGUGGUAUACUCAGAAUGGCGAGCCCUGAAUUUUGCAGACCACUAAGACUAUAGUCAAAUUUUAUAUUUCGUGUUAGACAUUUGAUGCCUUUUGGAUGUCUGAUGACAGUCGUGCGUUUCUAUAUAAUCAGAAAAGCAUUAGAAUGUAAUCGUGAAUUUGCAUAUUUUAGAUUGUAGAAAAGUAAAUAUAAAAUUAUGUGCUCCUUUUUUGUUUUUGUUUUUUGAGGUAGUCUUGCUAUGUUACCCAGGCUGGAGUGCAGUGGCACAAUCUUAGCUCACUGCAAUCUCUGCUUCCUGGGUUCAAACAAUUCUCAUGCCUCAGCCUCCCAAGUAGCUGGGACUACAGGCAUGUACUGCUAUGCCUGGCUAAUUUUUUUUUUCUUGUAUUGUUAGUAGAGACAGAGUUUUGUCACUUUGGCCAGGUUGGCCUCAAACUCAGGUGAUCCGCCAGCCUCGGCCUCCCAACGUGCUGGGAUUACAGGCAUGAACCGCCUUACCAAGAAAUUGCUUCUCUUUUAAUCCAGAAAAGGUUGUAGGUCUCACUCUUCCAGCCUGAACCCAUGGAGUACUAAUAUCCACAAACCAUUAAUAGCACUCCCUGUGGGAAAAUGUCUAUAUAUUUUUAGUUUGAUAUAAUUAUAGUAAAAUUACUAUGCAAGCUGUUUACUUUUAAUAUUUCUACAUAAAAUUUAAGUCAAGAUAUAUUAAAUGGUAAAUGAUUGUACUUAUUUAUUGACCUGCCUCAUGUUUCAUUUCAUUUUAAACAUCCUAAAUUUAUAUUUUAUUAUAUUUCAUACAUUUCAAUUGAUUGUACUAUAUUGCAGGAUAUGGAGAUUUCAUCACGUACUACAAUACAGUGUAUUUUGUUAUAUUUGACAUAUAUUCUACUUGUAUUUUGUACUGAGAUCAUACACUAUUUCAUUAUCUAAGUGUAUUAAUUACUUGUUUGGUUGCUUUAUAAUUUUCAUUUUAUGUAAUGAAAUAAACAAUGUUGUUUGGAAUUUUAAAUUUCUUUCAUAUGGAAUUUGAAUUUAAUAAAGAUGUGAAAAAGAGAA